UGGUUACCACUCUGUGUCCCAUAAUGCAUCGCUUUUAGCAGAUCUUUUGAGAUAACUUCAGCUACGCUAGCUAUUAAAAUAAUGUAACGUCCACAUUGCAAGACUUAAUAUAUGCAUAUGUGGAAGAGAACAAAACGAGUGUCAUCGCUUUGUUUGUAGUUAAAUGGACAGAAAAGAGAAAACUUGGUAACGGACGCUGUUGUAAGCUGUUUGUUUGGAUAAACUGAGUUGAUGACAUAAACAAUGGAGAGGGAAACGCACAACUUCGUGGUCUUCAAUGCUUCAAAAAGAGAACUUUUUACCUCCAUCAAUGGAUACAAAACAAUGCAGAAGAGACUUCGGGCUCAGUGGAAAAUCCAGAAUAUGAAAGAAGAGUUGUCUGUGGAGAAGUUGAGGGGAGUUAAGUUGUGGAUAACCGCAGGACCAAGAGAGAAGUUCACAGCAUCAGAGCUGGAGGUACUGAAGCAAUACCUGGACGGAGGAGGAAACAUCCUGGUCAUGCUCGGUGAAGGGGGAGAAAACAAAUUCGACACAAACAUCAACUUUCUCCUGGAGGAGUUCGGAAUAAUGGUUAACAAUGAUGCUGUUGUGAGGAACGUUUAUUACAAAUACUUCCAUCCCAAAGAGGCACUGGUGUCCAAUGGUGUACUGAACAGAGAAAUCAGCCGAGCUGCUGGCAAAGUGGUGACAGGAAUCAUCGAAGACGAAAACAUUGGAAACAAUGCACAGGCUCUCACAUUUGUGUACCCGUAUGGUGCCACACUGGGUGUGAUGAAACCAGCUGUGGCCGUUCUAUCAACAGGCUCCGUCUGCUUCCCUCUCAACAGGCCGGUCUUGGCCUUCUAUCAUGGAAAGGAGGCUGGCAAACUGGUUGUGCUGGGUUCCUGCCACAUGUUCUGUGACCAGUACAUAGACAAAGAGGAGAACAGUAAAAUCAUGGAUGUCGUGCUCCAGUGGCUCAUGAGCGAUACUAUACAGCUGAACCAGAUUGAUGCAGAAGACCCAGAGAUUACAGAUUACACCAUGUUGCCAGACACCGGGUGUUUGUCAGAACAGCUCAGAGUGUGUUUACAAGAGGGAGAUGAAAACCCCAGGGACUUCACCUCUCUUUUUGAUAUGUCUUUGUUUAAUUUCUCCACUGACACUUUACCCCAAGUCAUCAGUGCUUACAAGCAGCUAAAUGUCAAAGACGAGCCACUCCAGCUGAUCACACCACAGCUGGAGACCCCUCUGCCUCAGCUUCAACCUGCUGUUUUUCCACCUGCCUUAAGUGAUUUACCUCCACCCAUGUUGGACUUGUUUGAUUUAGACGAGACAUUCUCUUCUGAGGAAGUGCGUCUAGCACAGCUCACCAAUAAAUGUACAGAGGACGAUCUUGAAUUCUACGUGCGCAAAUGUGGCGAAAUUCUAGGUGUGACUCCAAAGUUGGAUAAAGAUCAGCGAGAUGCCAAGCACAUCUUGGAACACAUUUUCUUCCAGGUCGUGGAGUUCAAGAAGCUCAAUCAGGAGCACAACAUGGACAAUGAAGCACAAUUCACUCCGUUGUGAAUUGAUUGAAAGGAAAAUCUUUUAUAUUCUCUUUUCAAUAAAUCUUUUCCACAUAGAUAAGUA